UGUGUGUGUAUUUGUGUAGCACAGUCCCUCAAAGUAUGCUGCAGUCUUCUUGAGUUGCAUUUCCCCCUCUUAUGCUCCCUCUACCAACUCCUCUGUCUCCUGUUUCCUCGCUCCUUUUUCCCCUUUUCCACCCUCACUUUUGGAGAGUAAUUAUUAGCAAACAUCAUCUGCCUCCGCUCUCUAUUUGCAAUGUCUUCCCUCUCCUUUGCCUAACACUCACUUGCCCUCAACAUGGAUAUUGGAGGACUGACCACUGUGGUAGCAAAUUCUGCGUACAUCAACGCACGUGGAAGCAUCGAUGGCUCCAACCCUGCAGCAGCGCGGGAUAAGAAGUACCACGCUCGCCUCAAACUGCCCCACAUCACCAUCUGCGAGGGCCUGAGGGACACCCUCGAUUUGGCCUUUGACUCGGUCUGCGUGGAACAGCCGAUCGGCAAACGCCUCUUUAGGGAGUUUUUGGAAGCGAAUAAAGAGUAUCACGGCGCUUGUCGUUUGUGGAAAGACAUCGAGGACUAUGACCUGGCAGAGGACUCCGACAGAGGAAAGAAAGCCUCCAAGAUUGUCCAGAGGUACAUGGACCCAUCUGCCAAACACUUCUGCCCGUACCUUCCUGAGGACAUCAUAGCCAAGGUAAAGGAAAACCUGGAGGCUGUAGGGGACGAUUUGUUCUCUGCAUCGCUGGCCAAAACGCUGGAGUACCUCCGAGAGGCCCCUUACACGUUCUAUCUGGAGAGCAUGUACCUGAAGAGGUUCCUGCAGUGGAAGUGGCUGGAGAUGCAGCCCAUGGAUGCGGACUGGUUCCUGGACUUCCGUGUGCUGGGGAAAGGUGGCUUCGGCGAGGUGUCUGCCUGUCAGAUGAAGGCCACCGGGAAACUUUACGCAUGUAAGAAACUCAACAAGAAGAGGCUGAAGAAGAGGAAAGGCUAUGAGGGGGCAAUGGUGGAGAAGAGGAUUCUGGAGAAGGUCCACAGUCGCUUUAUUGUCUCGUUGGCUUACGCCUUCCAGACAAAGGACGAGCUUUGUCUGGUCAUGACCAUCAUGAAUGGAGGAGACCUCAAGUACCACGUCUACCUGGUGGAUGAGAACAACCCGGGGUUUGAUGAGCCCAGAGCCUGUUUUUACAUCGCUCAGAUCAUCCAGGGUCUGGAGCAUCUCCACCAGAAACGAAUCAUCUACCGUGACCUCAAACCAGAAAAUGUGCUGCUUGACAAUGAUGGUAAUGUUCGUAUAUCUGACUUGGGUCUUGCUGUAGAGCUAAAAGAAGGCAAAACAAUGACCAAAGGCUACGCUGGAACACCAGGUUACAUGGCUCCAGAGAUGCUGAAAGGAGAUAAAUAUGACAGCUCGGUGGACUACUUCACCUUGGGGGUGACUCUGUACGAGUUUAUCGCAGCUAAGAAUCCGUUUAGAAACCGAGGAGAAAAGGUUGAAAGAGAAGAGAUGAAGGAGCGCAUGCUGAACCGCGUGGUGACCUAUACAGACAACUUCAGUGAACACGCGAAAUCGCUGUGUGACGGGCUGCUGGCGAAAGAGGUCGAUCAGAGGAUGGGGUUCAAGAACGAAUGCUGCGACGAAAUCAGAGCGCAUCCUUUUUUCAAAGACAUUAACUGGAGGAAACUCAAUGCAGGUAUCCUUCCGCCUCCUUUCGUCCCCGACCCUAAGGUAGUCUACGCCAAGGAUCUGGAUGACGUCGGGGCUUUCUCUUCGGUGAGGGGUGUCGCUUUGGAGGAUCCCGAUAAGACAUUUUUCGACGAGUUUGCUACAGGCAACAUCUCGAUCCCCUGGCAAGAGGAGAUGAUUGACAUGGGCAUUUACGGAGAGCUGAACCUCUGGGGACCUGAAGGCACCAUCCCAAACGAUCUCCGCAGAGAGUCCAUCCUGGAGCAGCCAAAGUCCUCGACCUGCUGCAUAUCGUAAAGUCGUGGACACAAACUGAAAAUAAAUGCAGUUAAUAGACUUGUAUUUCUGUAGAAGAGGUGUUGUUAAAGCCCCCCAUGAAGGACAAAAGUGUCUUCUGAGCUUUCUGACUACAGAUGGAGAAAGUUUUGAACUGUUUUCCUUUCCUGGAAAUGCAAAGGACAAAAUAAAGGCGAAGCUUGAAUUUGGA